ACUAGUAAUGUGAAAAACAGGUGACUCCUUACAUUUUAAUAAUUAUUUCACAUUUUGAGGAGGAUUUAUGUUUUAAAAAUACAAAAAUGUUUCCUUGUUUCAUUUAUGUACCUGUUUUUAAACAAUUGAAUUAAAACUUUUCAGUAAUACAUAACACCAGCGAUGUUUCCAACAGAUGCAACCAUGCUCAUUUACUAUAGCAGCCAUCUUGUUAAAGUUUUAUUUUUAUAGACUUAUAGCGAAGAUUCAGGCGGAAGUCACUCUAUUUUACAAAUGGCUGCUGUUUAUAUAGCAAAUCUUGCUUGCAGACACUGCUGUUUAAAGUUAAUUUCUGGCAUAUAUUGAUAUAUUUAGCCAUUGAUUUAGGUUUAUUACUCAUUUAUCUAUAAUAUUUGACACAAACAUAUCACAAUAUACUUCUAUUACAGCUUUGACAAUGAGGUAACGUUUUCGCACAUUAAUAGCCGCGGGCGAUUUUACGUACCCAAAACGAUAGAUUACCCCCAAAUCAAUAAUGAUAAUCUGAUAGAAAAUCCAAUUGCCAUGUUAAAUUAUAAAUUAAAAAUUAAAAAGUACAGUAGGUCUACUUGAACUGAUACUCAUACUGUGAUACUGAUACAUGUUUAUUACAAUUCAGAAAAAAAACCUUUUAAAAACAGUGAAGAAACAACUAAAAUUCAGUCUCUUAACACAACUUUUUAAAAUGUGUGUCAUUAAUCUUAUUAUCACACUUACUGAACCCCUCUUCAAACAAAAACAUGAUCACAAAUCUGGACCCAUAGUUGUGUGAUGCUUUUGAAUGACCCCUAAUUAAAACAACUGACAAAAAUUAGCUCAACCAGCUGUCGUUGAUAUUUACUGCCAUGGGAGGCUUCUGGCCCAGUGGGGUUAAUGUUAAUAAGCCUGUUGUCUUUGGGAUAAUAGUCUCUAUAGCAGCAAUUUACUUUAUUUACAGCAGAUAUGCCACAACAACAACAGUAGAAGCAGAUAUUAUCACAUCUGAACGUACAAUGCCAGCGUUGGAUAAGGCUGCUGUGAGAGAUUUACGAAGUGAGGCUAAACUGGUAAAUGUGACUGUCAGAAACAAACUUUUGAGGGUCUAUGUAGUGCAGGUUAUGAAAAACUUGGGAAAAGCCAAACUGGAUGUUCUGUUUCUUCAUGGUCAGAAAUUUUCUUCUGAAGACUGGAUACGAAAUGGAUCUUUAAAUCAUGUGGCCAACUGGGGUUACAGAUCAGUGGCCAUAGAUUUACCAGGACAUGGCAAGACUACAGAUACUAUUGAUGAAUUAGUUGUUGAUGAGUUUCUGAAAGCUUUGGUUUCCAGCUUGAAAAUGAAAGAAAAUGUUGUUAUAAUUGCCCCAUCUGCCAGUGGUAGAUAUGCUCUGCCGUACUUGUUCAAUAAACCAGAGACAAGCACAGACAGAGCCAAAGGAUUUGUGCCUAUAACCCCAGUGGGCACAAACAAAUAUGUUGAUAAAUUUCCAGCAAGUCAGAUUCCAACAUUAAUAGUUUAUGGUACAGAUGAUAAACAAGGAAAAGAAGUUGCUGAAGAUUUGAAAAAGCUGCCUAAAAGUGAGACAUCACCAAUCGAAGGUGCAGGCCAUGCAUGCUACCUUAAUAAACCAGACGAGUUCCAUAAUGCUUUAUAUAACUUUUUGAUAAAGUUAUCUUCAUGAGUUAUCAUCCCAUGUUAUUUUGCCUGAUGUUGAAAAUUGCAAAAGAUUUUUUUUAUUGGUGAAAUUAUUUCAUAUCUUUUUUAAUUAUCUGAUUUCCAGGAAUUUUUCUGAGGGGAAAGCAAUAUCUGGAUACUUAAACUUAUUGCAUUUUUCUUGUUAUAUUUUUUAAUGACUUAUGAUAUUGUUAUUUAGUCCAAAUCUGUUAAUACAUGAAUAUUUGUGCUCAUCUUUUAAAAUUGAAAUAUUAUAUUUUGAAGAACUUUUCUAAAUUUGAUGCUUUCACUGAGGAUGCUUAUAUAGUUGCUUAUUUUUAGACACAGUAAUAUUUCAUAAGAUUUACUAUUUCAACCUGGAAAUAACUGAAAAUACAUUAUCCUUUUCCUAGAAAAUAAAUAAUUUUCAAGUACAGAACAUUAACAUAAUCUGAAAUUAAAAACGUCAUUGCCUAGCCAAAGUUAAAACAACAAAUAGUUGAAUAACAGAAACCAAAGAAACCAAUAAACAAAAUUGCAGUAUGGUGCAAUUAAAAUUUGCUUAUUUGAAAGUUCUAUUUAUUUUGUCUUUCAACAAGGUAAAAAAAUUUGAUAAUCUGCUUUGCACAUUUCAGAUAAUUUAUGCUUGAUUUUGUGCAGUCUACUCGGUUCACAUGCACUAAGCUACUGCUUGUUAACAUAGUUUAUAUUUUAUAUUUAUGAUGUAUAUACAAAAAUGUAAAAUAUGUAUAUUAUGUUAAUCUGCCAAUUACUUGACUUAUUUAUUCAAUGUUGCAUGUUUUUAUCACUGGAUAUUAUGACUUUAUGGAUUAAUUUUGCUUAGGAAUAUAAUUAUUUGUAUUGAAUUCACAACCAUAUGUUUUGUGGUAUUAUUUAUUAUUAAAAUUUAGAUUAUUUUUUUCCAUUUUACUGAUUUUCAAGCUGAACUUUGUUAUUAACCUACCGGCAUUUAAUAAUUUCUAACCUGAUUAUUUUAUUUUAAAUCAUCUUGCCUGUUGAUGACAAAGAUAUUUUAAAUGUCUUAUAAAAAAACAUUAUGAAAAAUGGUUUUUAAAAUAUU